GCCCUUGAAGAUGCUAUAAAGACUAUUGAUGAAAUUUCAAAACCAGUCAAUAUUGAAGAUCAAAAAGAAAUGUUAAAUUUAAUAAAAAGUUCUAUUGGUACCAAAUUUGCGAGCAGAUGGAGCGAUUUAAUGUGUCAAUUGGCAUUGGAUGCUGUAAGGACUGUAGCUAGAGAAGAAAACGGAAAACGGGAAGUUGAUAUUAAACGAUAUGCUCGUGUUGAAAAGGUUCCUGGUGGCGAAAUUGAAGAGUCCAAAGUUUUGGACGGCAUUAUGUUGAAUAAAGAUGUUACACACGCUAGUAUGCGUCGCCGUAUUGAAAAUCCUCGGAUUGUUCUUUUAGAUUGUCCACUUGAAUAUAAAAAAGGUGAAUCACAGACAGCGGCAGAAAUUGUCGACGAGAAUCAUUGGAAUAGGUUAUUACAAAUCGAAGAAGAACAAAUAAAAGAUAUGUGUGAUAGGAUCAUAUCUGUAAAACCUGAUCUAGUAUUUACUGAAAAGGGUGUUUCUGACCUUGCACAACAUUACCUGUUAAAGGCAAAUAUAUCAGCCAUUCGUCGUGUCCGUAAGACUGAUAAUAAUCGAAUUGCUCGUGCUGUUGGUGCUACCAUCGUAAAUCAACUUGAUGAUUUAAAGGAAGAUGACGUAGGCACCGAGUGUGGCCUAUUUGUUGUUGACAAAAUUGGUGAUGAGUACUUUACUUUUCUUACUAAAUGCAAAAAUCCAAAAGCAUGCACGAUUUUGCUUCGAGGUCCAUCAAAAGAUAUUUUAAAUGAAGUAGAUCGUAAUCUUCAAGAUGCAAUGUGUGUCGCGAGAAAUGUAUUUUUCAACCCUCUUUUAGCUCCAGGAGGUGGCGCAACAGAGAUGGCUAUAAGUGUAAAAUUAUCUGAAAAGUCAAAAACAUUAGAGGGUGUUGAACAAUGGCCUUAUAAAUCCGUUGCAGAUGCUUUAGAGGUCAUUCCGAGAACAUUGGUUCAAAAUUGCGGUGGCAAUGCUAUCAAAACGUUAACUCAAUUGAGGGCUAAACAUGCUACUGGAAAUCAUUCAUGGGGAAUUGAUGGCCUAGCCGGCAGUAUUGUCGACAUGAACGAUUAUGGUAUUUGGGAGCCACAUGCUGUCAAAGUUCAAACAAUUAAGACCGCUAUUGAG